AUGCUUCCUCAUAAGUUGACACCUCUUUUGGAUCAUUCGUUUCGAAAAGUUGUGAAAUGUGACUUCUUUUUCGUCUCAAAACGGCCGAUACUUAAAAAUGAUUAUCCUUCCAGGGGAUUACCGAGACUGCGAGACCUCUCCAUCCAGCACACCCCUCUUGAAACCGUCUCGCCGUUUGCCUUCGCCGGCCUGCAAAACAUCAGCGCCAUUUUCCUCAGCUACAACAAAAUCAAGAAAGUGGAGAGCUACGCCUUCGCUGGCACGAUCAACUUGAAGCAGUUGGUGCUCGCCCACAAUCCCCUACUUAAACUCGAGAGUAACGCCUUCACUGGAAUGACCGAAAUCGAUCGCAUCACGUUGCCAUCGGGCAUUCGGACUUUGGAGGCGGAUUGCUUCAAUGGGCUGGACACGUUGGGACAUUUGCAGUUGGCUUUCAUGGACUUGCGGCACUUGAAGGGCGGCAUUUUUCGCGGCCUGACCAACGUCAAUUACUUAUCCAUCCAGGAGUCCGAUUUGGGGAACAUUGAAGGGGACGCGUUCAACGACAUGACCUUCGUCAGGAACCUGAACAUACUCAACAACAAAAUCGACUCGAUUCAGUGGUUGAAUUUUACGUGGGAGCAACACGUGGGACAUUUACGGUUCCAAGGCAACCACAUCCUGGAGAUACCCAGAGCCGAGACCCUUUUAGUGGAAGUGGAAAAGUUGACUGUGAUACAGAACCAUUUUCCAUGUGACUGCCACGUUCAUUCGCUGCUCGAUGGGCCGCUGGCCAAUGGUAGUAUGAUUCACUUUGUCUCAAAAAACUACUGUAUAUCUCCUUUGGAGGUGAACGGGUUGCCGAUGAGUAGCAUAGACAUUGACUCGAUCGGGCGGUGUCAGGAGGAAGUGACGCGAGGCAACCUGGAGGCCUCCAAGGACUCGAGCAGCAGCGCUCAGCGCCUGAGCAUCUUUUGCAGUUACUUGAAUUUAAUGUUGUACUUUUUGAAACUGUUGCGGAUCACAUAGGCCAUUCCCGCCUGUUGUUGUCUCGGUGCGAACCAAACAGAAGGACUUAAAAAAUUGUGAUAUUUUUUUAGAUCGCUUUUGGCUCAGCAACAUUGACAAUUUGCCUGAAAAUCAUGGAGAAAUUGGCCUAAAGGCUGUCAGCACUUUCUUACUACUGAAGGAAAUUUUGGUACAGGAUGCUUCCUCAUAAGUUGACACCUCUUUUGGAUCAUUCGUUUCGAAAAAUUGUAAAAUGUGGUAAACACUGAAGUUGUUCAUUAUAACUCAGCUUUUAAAGUCUGCUGUUAAAAUGAAACCUUUUCCACCCCACAACGUGUGCCCGGUAGUACUUUUUCAUGAAAAUUUUACAUCUGGAAUGGAUGAGUUGGUUUUUUUCCCGUGGCCCUCCCAUAGCCCAGACUUAAUACCUCUUGAUAAUUUUCUGAACUAUGUAAAGAAUAUUGUGCUUAAAAAUCCAGUUACAACUUUUGAUUGUUUACGCCUUAGAAUAGUGGACGCAGUAAACUGAAUAUAGGAAAUGUGUGGGUUUAAAUGGAGGUCACAUAGAGAAUAACAGAUUUUAAUUUUAUCGUUUUUCCUCAUUUUUUUAAAUCAAGAAUU